UUGCCAUGAGCCCUGAUGCGGGCCUCGAUCUUGGACCAAGUUAGCUGCUUGAGACCAACCCCUUCCCAGGCAGUGGCUUGUGAUCGAUUCCUCCCUUCGCGCAGCCAUUUACUCGGCAACUUGCUCCCACCUGACCCAUCGCCGUCUGCUCAGCGUCUCCCAAUUGACCGCCUCCUCCUCCAGCGCCUUCCUUUCUCAGGUGGAGGCGCGCACCCCAAAGACCCACGCGUGGGGUUCAGUGAACGAACCCACUCAGCCGGUGCCUGGUGCACGCUCGCCCUGCUGGGCCCGCAUGUGCUCCUGUGGGAGGACUGGAAUGACAUUGACCCGAUUAAGAAGAAAGACCUGCACCACAGCAACAUGGAAGAGAAAGGACAGAACAUGGAGACCCUCCCUCCAGGCAAAGUGCGGUGGCGAGACUUCAACCAGGAAGCGUACGUCGGGGGGACCAUGGUCCGCUCCGGGCAGGACCCCUACGCCCGAAACAAGUUCAACCAAGUGGAGAGCGACAAGCUGCGGAUGGACAGGGCCAUCCCCGACACCAGGCACGACCAGUGUCAGCGGAAGCAGUGGCGGGAGGACCUGCCGGCCACCAGCGUGGUGAUCACCUUCCACAACGAGGCCCGGUCGGCCCUGCUCAGGACCGUGGUCAGUGUGCUUAAGAAGAGCCCGCCCCACCUCAUCAGAGAAAUCAUCCUGGUGGACGACUACAGCAACGACCCGGAGGACGGGGCGCUCCUGGGGAAAAUCGAGAAAGUGCGGGUUCUCAGAAACGAUCGGCGAGAAGGCCUGAUGCGCUCGCGGGUCCGGGGCGCCGACGCAGCCCAGGCCAAGGUGCUGACGUUCCUGGACAGCCACUGCGACACAGCGCUUUCUCGGAGGGAAGAGGCGGACAUGAUGGAAGUUCCGGAGAAACACACGAUGCCCAAGUCCUUCCCUUUACAGCAGCCCGGACAGCUGACGGGCAGGAAGUCACGAAACCCUUACAGGACCGCCAGCCGCGGGCGACAGCCGAGGCACUGGGAUCACUUGGGGGGUCGGGGUCUCAGUGUGUGUUCACCCUACUAUUGUCUCUCUCGGUUCCAGGAUAGGACCCGGGUCGUGUCGCCCAUCAUCGAUGUCAUCAACAUGGACAACUUUCAGUACGUGGGGGCGUCCGCCGACUUAAAAGGGGGUUUCGACUGGAACCUGGUGUUCAAGUGGGACUACAUGACCCCUGAGCAGAGGCGCGCGCGGCAGGGGAACCNNNCCCCCCCCCGUAGAACCCCCAUGAUCGCGGGGGGGCUGUUCGUGAUGGACAAGUCCUACUUUGAGGAGCUGGGGAAGUACGACAUGAUGAUGGACGUGUGGGGCGGAGAGAACCUGGAGAUCUCCUUCCGCGUGUGGCAGUGCGGGGGCAGCCUGGAGAUCAUCCCCUGCAGCCGCGUGGGCCACGUGUUCCGCAAGCAGCACCCCUACACCUUCCCCGGCGGCAGCGGCACCGUCUUCGCCCGCAACACCCGCCGGGCGGCGGAGGUGUGGAUGGACGAGUACAAAAACUUCUACUACGCCGCCGUGCCUUCCGCCAGGAACGUCCCUUAUGGCAAUAUCCAGAGCCGCCUGGAGCUGAGGAAGAAGCUGAGCUGCAAGCCUUUCCGCUGGUACCUGGAGAACGUGUACCCGGAGCUACGGGUCCCCGACCACCAGGACAUAGCCUUCGGCGCCUUGCAGCAGGGCACCAACUGCCUCGACACGCUGGGCCACUUCGCCGACGGCGUCGUCGGCGUGUACGAGUGUCACAACGCGGGGGGCAACCAGGUGGGUGCACGCGGGAGCUCGGGCACCUGGGGCCCCAGGAGCCGGAAACCAAAAGCGUGUGUUGCCACGCGGGCCGGGCAGCCUGUGCCCCUGUCCUUCCAGGCUCACGGUGAGGCGCUCUCCUGUCUUUUGCAGAAAUGGGAGCAGAUCGAGGGCAACUCCAAGCUGCGGCACGUGGGCAGCAACCUGUGCCUGGACAGCCGCGGGGCCACGGCGGUCACGGGUGAGGUGGUGUUUGGGGGUGCAUUUUACCGCCGGCUGCGGAGGCUGGUGCUUGAAGCCGUUAACCUGCUCAAGGUCAGGGGCUGA